CGCAUCUUAUCGUCUGGCCACACAAGACUCGUGGGCCGUGGCACAACUUUCACAAGUCCAACAGGUCGAGCGCACGGCUUCAGAGGAUGAGUUAGUGCUAUUCGUUGUGUUCCAGGCAGUGACAGUCGCCUGGAUAAGUGGAUAAGGUGUGCUGCUCCCCUCCCUCCUCGGUGCUGCAGAACACAAUGGCUGAUGUUGAUGGAAGCAGCAGGCUUUAUCGGAAUGGCCCAGACCAAGUCAUCCCAGCUGCAUCUUUCAAGACUUGGGAUGCAGAUGGAGCUGUACAACUUGCGUUAUCAGAUGAGGAGGCUGCAUCUUUCAAACCCAAGUCUGUAUACACCAUGAUGAGAGAAAUCGCUGAAGAGUAUCCACAGCAUAAUGCACUGGCCGUCAAAAGAGGAGUGUGGAAAUACUGGACCUACAAGCAAUAUUUUGAGGAAGCCAGGACCGUUGCCAAGGCCUUUAUCAAGCUGGGUCUAGAGAGAUUCCAUGGUGUCUGCAUCAUGGGCUUCAAUUCUCCUGAAUGGGCCAUAGCCAAUUAUGGAGCAGUGUUUGCUGGUGGGCUUUCCACAGGAGUGUACACCACCAACUCUCCAGAGGCCUGCAGAUACUUGGCUGACAACUGUGAAGCUCAAAUAAUUGUUGUAGAGGACCAAGAUUGCUUGAAUAAAUUUCUAGCUGUCAAGCGCUUCCUUCCUAACAUAAAGGCCAUCAUUCAGUGGUCUGGCAUCCCAGGAGCACCUGGAGUACUGUCUUGGCCCGAGCUCUUAGCCGUGGGCAUGGCUGAGAGGGACACACACCUGGAUGAAAGACUCUCCUUGGCUGCAGUGAACCAGUGUUGCACGCUCAUCUACACUUCUGGGACAACUGGGCCACCAAAAGGAGUAAUGUGCUCACAAGAUCAUAUAGUUUGGGCAGUCUACAAGUACAGACAAGACUGGUCACUGAUAAUGGGUCAAGAAUCUGCACUGUCCUACCUUCCUUUGAGCCACCUGGCAGCCCACUUGUUAGACCUUUACAUAGCAACCGUGUGUGCUGGCCUUGUGUAUUUUGCCCAGCCAGAUGCAUUGAAGGGCACCCUACUACAGACCCUCCUUGAAGUUCAGCCUACUCGUUUCGUUGCUGUUCCGAGGGUCUGGGAAAAGAUGUAUGAAAAGAUGCAGGAGGCUGGGGCUCAAGUAGGAGGUCUGAAGAAAGCUGUUGGCUCCUGGGCCAAAUAUCAUGGGCUGAACUACUAUAAUGCCAUAAAGGAAGGAAGAACCUUAACAGCAUAUGAGACAAUGGCCAAUGCACUCGCAAAAACACUCAUCCUCAACAAAGUAAAGGCGGCAAUUGGCAUGUCUCGUGCAACUAGCUUGGUCUCAGGAACUGCACCAAUUUCCAAGGAUGUUCUGGAGUACUUCAUGAGCUUGGAUCUACCCAUUAUGGAGGGCUAUGGUUUGUCAGAGAGCAUGAGCUUAGGUUCAAUGUCUACGGUUGAGGGAGGAACGUGGAAACUUGGAAGUGUUGGCAAGAUUGACCGUCACAUUAAAUCCCGCUUAAGUUACCUUGACGGAUGCCGGCCCGGAGAAGGAGAAAUAUUAAUGAAGGGACGAAACAUAUUCAUGGGGUAUUUGAAGAUGCCAGAUAAAACAAAUGAAACAAUUGACAGCGAGGGAUGGCUGUACACAGGUGACAUUGGGAGUUUUGAUGAUGAAGGAUAUCUAUAUAUUACUGGACGCAUCAAAGAGCUUAUCAUCACAGCUGGAGGUGAGAACAUUCCCCCGGUGCUCAUUGAGAGAGCAGUGUUGAAGGAACUCCCGUUCAUCAGUAAUGCAAUGCUGAUUGGGGACAAAAGAAAGUAUUUGUCAAUGUUGCUGACUCUGAAAUCAGAGGUUGAUGUGGACACCGGAGAACCACUGAGCACACUGACUCCACCUUGCCGGGAAGCAAUGGUGACCCUCGGGCUUCCACACGUGCACACAGUGACUGAGGCUUUGGCUGAGGUAGAGCAGAACCCCCAAGGAGCUCUGGCUACUGCCAUACAGGAGGGAAUUGAGAGAUACAACACUCUGGGGAGAGUGCCAUAUCAAGAGCACAGAGAGUGCAGCGCUGGACACUCUUGCCUCACGACUUUUCUCUUCCUACAGGUGAACUAA